AUGGUGUCCUCCUCGCCUCCAUUUUUUCACGCUUCCGCGGAGGACGACCAGUGCGUUGGAUUCCUGGAAAACUGCGAAAAGAAUUGCGGGGAAGGGAAACUCAACGAGAAUAAAUCUCUGUGUAAGACGUGGCAAGGCGGCGUGUACAAGUCGUGCGUGUGCGACGGCGCCGGGUUUGAUUUCGAAAGCAGCGAAGAAAUGGUUCAAGAAGAAGGCGACGAUGCGCGAACGAUGAUGGCCUCGUCAUCCUACGCGGAAGAAGGAAGCACCGAAGAGGCAAAGGGAGAAGGAAAAGAGGGAGAAGAAGGAGCGAUGCCAGAAAUGAUUGCGUGCGAAGGUCCAGCCGGGAACGGAAUGACGACGAAUGCGAAUGAAAAUUUGGAUAUUUCUAUUCCGGGUAUGAUGAUGCGCUCUUUCUUUGGAGAUGGGAUGGAUGAUUCCACUUUCUCCUCCUCUUCGUCAUUGUUUGGUCAAGACGAGACUUCAGACGCUUCUUUCCUCGGUUCGGCGCGUCAAAACUAUCUCUCGCAGCAACCGACUUACUUUUCCAGCCGCGUCUUUCGAGUCCCUUUGAUUUCUUUCGUUGAAGAAGAAGACGGUAACAGCGAUAUCAUCAAUGAUAACGUUGGAUUUGAAACCUUAUCGUCGCCUGGCGAAGGCGACAGGUAUUCACGCUCGCAACCUUUCGUCUUCUUCUCCUCUUCCUCCUCCUCUUCAAACGAUGAUGGUAUGGACGCCGACGUAGCACUUAUGAAGGAUUUCCAAACCGUCGUGGAUGGAUUCUUUGGUAGUUUAGAGGACGGAAGCAGCAGCAGACUUGGUGAAAAGCCAAAGCCGCCGCCGACGACGGUGCAAUACAGACGUUACCGGGAACGCAAAAUGCGACGCGAGCGCGUGUUGACGUGCUUUAUCUCCGUAUCCUUGAUUUCGUUGGUGUUAUUUUCCAUUUAUGUCGCAGUUACUCGAAUUUUCGCGGACGACGACGACGAAGAGGACAUGUAUCGUGAGUUGUGUGAUGACUCUAAAACUGAGCCACUUUUAUGUCUCGAUGCUGAGGUUGUUGAAAAUGGCGACGCGGGCGUCGUGGAACACUCGAAGGUAUACGCGGUGAAUUCGAGAUGGAAAAGCGCCGCGAGAGUUUAA